AUGGAGGACCAAGUGCACAAGCCGCAUCGCAAGUCCAAGGACAGAAAAGAAAAGAAGGAGCAUACAGGAGAGCGCAAUCCAAAGGCCUUUUCUUUUGCCAGGCCCGGUAAGCUUCAAAGACAAGCCGCGAGAUCGCAAGAUAUCAAGGAAAAGCGUCUCCAUGUCCCGCUCGUCGACCGAUUGCCCGACGAGGCCCCGCCUCGACUCGUUACCAUCGUUGGCCCUCCCGGUGUAGGAAAGACGACUCUGAUGAAGUCGCUCAUUCGAAGAUAUGCCAAGGAAACAAUUACUGACCCCCAGGGUCCCGUCACGGUUGUCACCUCCAAGAAGCAGCGCUUGACUUUUGUCGAGUGCCCCAACGAACUCGAGGCCAUGGUCGAUAUCGCAAAGGUUGCUGACAUCGUCCUUCUCAUGAUUGACGGAAACUAUGGUUUUGAGAUGGAGACUAUGGAGUUCCUCAACAUCCUCGCUGCAACUGGUAUGCCGGGUAAUGUCUUUGGUAUCCUGACCCAUCUCGAUCUUUUCCGCAAGCCCCAGGCACUUAAGGACGCCAAGAAGAGACUCAAACGACGACUUUGGACAGAGCUUUACCAGGGUGCUCAUCUCUUCUACCUUUCUGGUGUCAUGAAUGGCCGAUAUCCCGACCGAGAAAUCCACAACCUGUCUCGCUUCCUCUCCGUCAUGAAGAACCCUCGUCCUCUCAUCUGGCGCAACUCACACCCUUACUCUAUCAUCGACAGCUUCCGAGAUGUUACUCACCCGACCAAGAUCGAAGAGGACCCCAACUGCGACCGAUCAAUCGUGCUAUCUGGUUAUCUACGAGGUACAAAUUUCUCAUCUCAAAACCAACGAGUCCACGUUCCCGGUGUAGGUGAUUUUACCGUUUCCAAUAUGGAGAUUAUGCCAGAUCCUUGUCCUACACCAUCAAUGGAACUGGCAAUGGCCAAGAUUGCAGGCAAAACUGGACGAAGACGACUUGAUGAGAAGGAGAAGAAACUCCAUGCCCCCAUGUCCGAUCGCAGUGGCUUGAAGAUUGAUGGUGAUGCCAUCUGGAUUACCAGCGAAAAGGGCUUCAGCUUCGACAGAGAAGGAGAAGAAGACGAGUACGACCGAGGAGAGGGAGAAGAAAUGAUUGUUGGCCUUCAAGCGGAGCGAAAGCUUCUUGGUGAAAUGGAUGGGGGUGUGCAACUUUUCAAGGGUGGCGAGAAGAUCGAAGCAGUGCCCGAAGAGGAAGACACAGGACGAAAGACACAUCGCAAACCUAGGUUUGCCCAACGAGAAGAGGGUGAUGAGGAGGAUAAUGUGGACGACGAGGGUCUUGCCAGUGGCGAUGACGAAGUCGACUCGGACGCUGAGGUUGAGUUCAACGAGGGCAAGCUCGGCAAGAUGUUCCGCAAGGACGCUGAUAAGGACCUUGGUGAUGAUGAUCUUGCCUUUGCAGACAGUGACUCAGAUCUGGGAGCAAUUUCCGGAGAGGAUGAGGAGGAAGAUAGUGAAGAAGAAGAAGAGUAUGAUUCCGACGAGGAGGCAGCGGCUUUGAGAUGGAAAGACAACUUGGACGGCAACGCAAUGAGACUUCACGGCAAGAGACGCUCAUAUCACACAAGCGACCUGGCCAGGUUCAUGUACGACAAUUCAUUGAGCCCUGAGGAUGCGUUGAAUAGAUGGAGAGGCGAGGAAGAGGAAGAGGAGAACAUCGAGGACGAUGAGGAUGAUGAUGCUUUCUUCAAGAAGUCUAAACAAGAGAAGGAGGAUGCCGUGGAGGAUAGGUCAAUACCCGCCUACGACUACGAGGACCUUGCCGCAAAGUGGGCAUCAGAGAAGAACGUCGAGGCCCUACGGAGGAAGUUCACAUCAACAGCCCUUGCCGCCGGUGAUGACGAGGACGAAGAGGGUAGUGAGUUCGAAGGCCUGGAUGACUCGAACGACGAAGGUGAUGGUGUCUUUGAGGAUCUCGAAGCCGAAGGCAAGGAGGAGCCUGCAGCUCCAACAGCCGAGGAUAUCGAGGCCGAGCGAGAGAAGAAUGCCAAGCGAAAGGAGGAGCUCAAGAUGAGAUUCGAAGAGGAAGAUCGCGAGGGUUUCCUGAACGACAAGGCCAAUGCUCGAAGGGAAGGCGGUGAUGUGCAAGAGUUUGGCGAGGAUGACUGGUACGAGGCGCAAAAGGCCAUGAUCCAGAAGCAGCUCGACAUCAACAAGGAGGAGUUCGAGAACCUCGACGAGCGUCAACGUUCUGUUGUCGAAGGCUACCGCGCCGGCAAAUACGCAAAGGUUGUCCUUGAGGGCGUUCCGGCUGAAUUCGUCAAGCUUUUCGAUGCCCGUCGUCCUAUCGUCGUGGGUGGUCUCUCCGCCACAGAAGACCGCUUUGGCUACCUCCAAGUCCGUAUCAAGCGUCAUCGCUGGCACAAGAAGAUUCUCAAGACGAACGAUCCCCUUAUCUUCUCCCUUGGAUGGCGUCGUUUCCAGACCAUGCCAAUCUACAGCACUACAGACUCGCGGACGCGUAACCGCAUGCUCAAGUAUACGCCUGAGCACAUGCAUUGUUUCGCUACCGUGUACGGUCCCUUGAUCGCUCCUAAUACAGGCUUCGUCUGCUUCAACUCAAUGGCAGCUUCCACACCUGGCUUCCGCAUUGCUGCUACAGGCACUAUCCUCAGCGUCGAUGAGUCCACAGAGAUUGUCAAGAAGCUCAAGCUCACUGGUACGCCUGCCAAGAUCUACAAGAACACCGCCUUCAUCAAGGGCAUGUUCAACACAUCUCUAGAGAUCGCAAAGUUCGAAGGUGCCUCUAUCAAGACCGUCUCUGGUAUUCGUGGUCAGAUCAAGCGUGCCUUAUCCAAGCCAGAGGGCCAAUUCCGUGCCACCUUCGAAGACAAGAUCCUUCUCAGCGAUAUCGUCUUCCUGCGUGCCUGGUACCCCAUCAAGCCUCAUCGUUUCUACAACCCCGUCACCAACCUCAUUGGCUGGCAGCCUAUGCGUCUCACAGGCCAAGUCCGCCGUGACCAAAACGUCCCUACUCCCCAGCCCAAGAACAGCCAGUACCGCCCUAUCGAGCGCGAGACACGCCACUUCAACCCUCUCCGUGUCCCCCGCGCCCUCGCCGCCGAGCUGCCCUUCAAGUCCCAGAUCGUCGAGACCAAGAAGCAGAAGAAGGAGACAUACAUGCAGAAACGCGCUGUUAUCAUGGCCCCCGGCUCCGAGGAGAAGAAGGCCCGCGCUCUUAUGCAGCAGCUCCUCACCAUCCGCAACGACGCCGCUGCCAAGCGCCGAGCUGCAAAGGAUAAGAACCGUGCUGCCUUCCAGAAGAAGCUGGCCGACAACGAGGAGAAGAAGGAGGCUCGUGAGAAGCGCGAGUCCAAGGACUUUUGGCGCAAGAAUGGCCGCAAGCGUGCUGCCGCUGAGGAUGGCGGUGGUGGUAAGCGCAGGAAGUAA